UCCUCCAAGGGGAAGACAACUUUCGUAGAGAGCGAAGCAUCGUAUCUAGCCUCCUCCUCUUCACGAUAUUCGAAGUCUCCUUUCUCCAGACAAUUCCAGAUCAGAAGGAUUCGCGUUAAAGUGGUCGAUUCUUCGAUCCCCGAGGCAAGGAUUUUGGUUUGUGUGAGAAACCCAUUUCUGUAGUUUGAUUUUGUAAGUGGAAGUGUAAAAGCUUCAGCGAAGGAUAUAGGCGAUGGCGGUUGAAAAGAAGGACCAUGAAGGAACGGUGGUUGAGAACGGCGAGAAGAAUGAUUCCGCCGUUGUACCCUCGGUCUCGGCCUCUGCCGGCGGUGGCGACGGCGGCGAGAAGAAGAAGAAGCCUAAGGGUUUGUUCUCGCGUAUUUGGAAUGGGAUAUUUAGGGUUAAAGGAGACGAUUUCGAGAAGAGACUUACAGGCAUCUCAAAGGAAGAAGCGACUGUUCGAUCCAGGAUGAAGCGCAGAUCGAUUACAAGGAGAAAGCUCGUUCGAAAUCUCAUCGCUUUCUCUAUCUUCUUUGAGAUAAUUGCAGUGGGUUAUGCGAUCAUGACAACCAGAGAUGAGGAUUUGGAUUGGAAACUGAGGAGUUUCAGGAUCUUGCCGAUGUUUCUUUUACCUGCUCUUGCUUCUCUUGCAUACUCUUCACUCGUUAGCUUCACGAGGAUGUGUGACCGCCGAGAUCAAAGUACAUUGGAAAAGCUUCAACGUGAAAUGUUGGGAAAGAUGGAUGAGUUAAAAGAGAAGACCAAUUAUUUCACCACACUAGAUAUUAUUCGUAGGUUUGACCCUGACCCAGCUGCAAGGGCGGCCGCUGCAACUAUUCUGGCAUCCAAGUUGGGUGCUGAUUCAGGCUUGAAAGUAUUUGUAGGAGAUGAAUCCCAACUUGACGCCUCCACAGGGAAGAGCAAUGACAUGGAAGCCAAACACUCGCAAGGGCUCAGGAACCGAAGACAACCAAAUGCAAAACGCAACAGUGCUGGGACCACGCCAACCCAUUAUUCUGAUAACGAGUCUAACCAUUCUGGAACAAGCGAAGGAACCACCGGCACAGAGCAAAACCAGCAGAUGGCUUUUGAGCAUUAUAACCCUCAGGGAUAUGCUGCUCAUGAUGGCAGCUGGAUCUCACGCAUUGCGGCUCUCCUCGUGGGAGAAGACCCAACUCAGUCAUAUGCACUCGUCUGCGGGAACUGCCAUAUGCAUAACGGACUUGCCCGGAAAGAGGACUUCCCGUACAUGACUUACUACUGUCCUCAUUGUCAAGCCCUGAACAAGCCGAAACAUUCAGAAGAGCAUUCACUUAUUGCUCCUGCGGAUACAGUCUCUCUGAAGCCAAUGGAAAGCGAAGUGAAGAAUAGCAGUAGCUCGACCAGUGAGCGUGGUGACAGUCCAGUGCCUUCACAGAUUUUGGAAGAAGCCCCGGAAACAACUCAGAGUGGGACACCAAGCUAAGAAAGUUCCUGUGAGGUAACAACAACCAAAAAAAAAAAAGAGGCUUUCUUUCAAGUGUUUUGCUAAAAAAGAGAGGUUGAUGUGUACUAAAAAGGAGAGGUUGAUAUGUGCUAAAAAAGAGAGGUUGAUAUAUGCUAUAAAAGUAAAAUCUGUAGCUGCUUGCAAUUUUGAUUGUUGAACACAGACAAUCCGAAUAGGUUUUUAUUAUUUAUUUAUUUAUUA